CAGCCACUCACACAUACUGGCGAUUUUAUGAAAACAGUCAGCUAUCAAAACGUCAAAUUUAUCACUUCUAAAAACAUUUCAAGAUCAUUAUCCAAGUCCAAGUGUCGGGACAACCUUUUAAUCCAAUUCAGAUUUAUGCAGACUUGACACAAGACCAGAGUCAUGUAGUAACCAGCCAAGAAGAUCUGGGAACUAGUCUUUUCUCAAGGGAGAAGUAUGAAUAUAUUUCCACCGACGGACGGCUGUCAGUAAUUUUGUCACAUAGACUGAGUACAUUCAGCCAGCCUUGAGGUCCACCAUGGCGUCUGUACACAUCACUAAUUUCGGCAGCGUGGAUGUCAACCCAGAGCCCAUUCCGGUAGAGGAUACAGAGUUCCUUCUGGAGGAUUACUUGUCAGCAGCAAAAAUGAAGGAAAUGACUGGUGUGGAUGAACUCGAUGAGGUCAAAUUCUUAGAAAUGAGGGUCGACACCACGGAAACGAGUCUGGGUAACUUUGGGACAAUGGUGCGCAACCUGAAGCAUCUGAAGCUAAGCAACAGUAUAAUCGCUACAGUUCGUGAUCUAGGGACGUCGUUAGAGAACCUACGAGUUCUAUGGUUGUCCAGAUGCUGUUUGUGUGACCUGGAUGGCAUGGGGUCAAUGUCCUCCUUACAGGAGCUGUACCUAGCAUAUAACGACAUUUCGGACCUUAGUCCGUGCAGUAUGCUGGAGAACUUGCAGUUACUGGACAUUGAGGGAAACAACAUAGACGACAUGUCACAAGUUGAAUUCUUAAGCCUGUGUCCUAAGCUGAGUACACUGACGCUGGAGGGAAACCCUGUGUGUCUAGCGCCCUCUGUUGGCUACGAUAAGGAGAAAGAAGGAUUGUUUGAUUACAGAGCGACAAUUUCAAAAGCGAUUCCCCAGCUCAAGAUUCUAGAUGAUGAACCGUUGUCUGUUGUACCGUCCAGCCUCGGUGGCGCCUUCCCCAACCUCAGUAUGGAAUGGCUGCUGGUGAAUGAGGCUAUAAAGGACCAGGGGUCAACUGAGAGUUUAGAGGUCGAAGAUGCUAGGCCAAGCACAGGGAGACCCUCGUCAGCGUCUGGCCGACGUCCAGGCUCUGCUCGCCCCGGCUCCUCUAGGGCAGGUGGGCGGCCGGGGAGUAGCAUGGGGAACAGGCCCAGUACCUCGUCAGGCAGGAGACCAGGCACGGCAAUGGCCGAGCGACCUGAUACGGGAGGUUCGGAUAUACACCCGACGCAGGAAGAUUCCAGUGAUUUAACUCAUGGAUCCGGAGGAGUGAUAUGUGGCAAUCCAGUCCGAGCUCUGAGAAACAGACGGAAAAAUACCAAGGAGGUUGUUAUCCCAAACCAAGCCCCAAGUUUAUUCUCAAUGUUCAAGCAUCAGCCUGAGCAUACGUACGCCACGGAGGAUGACGAUGACGGGAUGAGUAAAGAGGACAUCUUCGCUGAGCUCUUGGAGUGGAAGAAACAGCAUGAAGAAAAAAUCAGCUCUCGGUUGAAAGAUGCCGAGCCUCAAGUUUUAAAGAUUCAUCAUGAAGACAUUGAAGAAGAUGAUGAGGCAAGCGGAUACAGAGAUUAUCUCAUCAACAACAAUCCGUACGAUGAAGACUACGGCAUCGAAACAACGCCCUCGCCAACGUCGGACUAUCCAGAGUCUUUGGCGUCGGGAGGUUUCGAUCAUCAGCCGACCCCACCGAGAUCAGCGUCACCGAAGAUGCCCAAAGUGCCCAGAAGUAAAGGCGCAUCAAGGCCUAGGACAGCCAAUGAUUUUCGAUCGAGGAAAGUCCGAGCCCAAUCCUUUGAGGAAUCGGUUGGCACGGAGCAACGUCUCCACCAGCUUAGUCUAUCUCAAGAUGAUGAUAUGAUGGAUUUUAGCGAUUCAGGACAGACGAGUCCAGCUACCACGCCAUACUCCCCACCCCCAGUGCUCUCCAUGGACACCAGACCAUUUUCUGGUCCAGUCAUUGGAAGCAGAAAGUUCAAACUCAGUGCACAAAGUGACAGGCCAGAACCUAAGAUCAUCGAUCGUCACCAACCAAUCAUCCGUUCAUCAAUCAACACGCCCCCGAACCUCGCCCAGCGUCUCUCACGCCUCGCGAGGCCGUCCACUGCGAAAGCUGCCAUGCAGGUACAGCGCCCUCUAGUGUUACCCCGGAGAGAACCCAGAUUCAAUUCUUACGAUUAUUCAUCAUGAGUGCAAGAGAAAACAAAAUCUAAUUUAAAAGUAGAGAGCAGGUUUGGUGUAAAUCUUUUUAUGAAUGAAAACCUGAUUGUAAGGUCAAUCUGGUUAUGAAUGUAAACCUGGUUGUAAGGUCAAUCUGGUUAUGAAUGUAAACCUGGUUUGAGGUCAACCCGGUUACGAGUGUAAAACCUUAUUGUAAGGACUAAAACUGCCUCUAGCUACCGGGCAAUCUUGGUGGUCUAGUUGGUAAGACACUGCUCUAGAAUGGCA